AAUCAUUUCAAUCACAUAACAACCCUACUACCAUACUAUACAUACCGAGACAGGAAAGAAGGAAAGAUGUCCUCAUCAAACACCACUACUACCAAAACCCCUAAAUCCAAUUCCCAAUCCCAAUCCCAAACACAAGAAGAAAGACCCCAUCUAUCCGCCAACUUCGCCAACCCAUCAUCGCAAAGAAUCGACUACGACCAUGAAGUCUACCUCCAUUUAAUGUCCGGUGAUGAUGGUGAUGAUACCCGCAAGGACAAGAACAGAAGCAAGACGCCUAAUCAGGUGUAUAGGGAGAAUAUCGUGCGAAGACAUACGACUCGCGCGCUGGAUCCGGCUGUGGUGGACCCUAAUGCGCAGAGGGAUCCGAGUCCCCUUGAUUUGGAGUGGGCGGAGAGUCAGAGGGUUAGGGAGAGGCUGGUGGGGAAUUGAUUGGGUUUCAUGGUGAUUGUGGGGAUGAGGAUGAUGGAUAGAUGGUAGGGUUUCUAAGACGAGUAAAAGGAGGAAAGAAGGACAGAGUGAAAAGUGCAACG